AUGUCUGACUUCGACAAGUUUGUAAAGCUCCUUGGGCAGACCGACGGUCGAGACAAGAUUUACAAGUUUGUUGGCGGUGUGUUGAAGGCUCUUGCCGCCCUCGAUGCCGUUGAGUGCCGCAGGUCCGCAUACAAGUCGGUUUCCAGCUCCAUCACGGACGGUCGCUCCCUGAUGCGCAUGGCCAAAUGGAUGGGGGAUAUUCCUAAGAUGCGCAGCGUUUUUGCGAAGUGCGCAGAGGGUGGCCGCAUGGAGAUGACGGCGUUGAUUAUGUUUCUGCGUGUGCUUGGCAACUUCCUCUACAUCCUUGGUGACAACGUUGCUUUCCUCAUGCGAUACAAGCUGGUGCCUGGUCAGCCUAAGCGCGUCCAGUACCACAGCAAGGUGUCGCAGUUCUGGGGCUUCUUCUUCGCCGCUGUCUUGGAUCUCCUUGCGCUCCGCACUGCGCUGCAGAAGCGUGCGAGUGACGCCGCGACGUCUUGCAAGGAGGCAAAGAGUGCCCUGAUUAACCUGACGAAGGAUGCCUCAGAUGUGUUGGUUACAAUGGCGGCUGUCGGCUACAUGAAGGGUGUGUGGCAUCCAGGCCCAGUGACGGCUGGCGCUCUCACCGCCGUCUCUGGUGGUGUCGCGACGUACCUGAACUGGAAGAAGAUUAAAUAA